AUGGGGAUGGAGGGGAGAUGGGGAUGCAGGGGAGAUGCACGGGAGAUGGAGGGGAGAUGGAGAUGCAGGGGAGAUGCACGGGAGAUGGAGGAGAUGCAGAUGCACGGCGUGCGGCGCCGUGGAGGAGAUGCAGGGGAGAUGGAGAUGCAGGGGAGAUGGAGGAGAUGCAGGGGAGAUAUGGAUACUGACCAAAGCUUCUUGGACACCCUUGGUUUUGGUUACACACAAACACAACUAGAAAGUCCAAUUGAAGAGCAGGCAACUCCAUCAACUCAGCAUCGUUCUGCAAUAACAGAGAAAGGAAAAUCCAACAAAGGCAAAAAUUGGUCUAGUGAUGAGGACAAGGUUCUCAUAGCAGCAUGGGCAAAUACAAGUUUGGAUAUUGUUGGGACAGAUCAAAACCGGAAUGCUUAUUGGGAUAGAAUUUCAGAGUACUACAACACACACAAGGAAUCAUCAUGGCCGGAGCGUAAUGCUAAUGCAAUCAAUUGCCGUUACACAACGAUUAAUAGAGAGACCUCUAAAUUUUGUGGUUGCCUUCAGCAGAUUUUAAAUAGGGAAGAAAGUGGAAGGACUAUACAAGAAAAGACAAACGAUGCACACAUUUUGUUCAAGGAAAUGGAUCUUAAAAAAAAGAAGCCUUUCACACUGAUGCAUUGCUAUGUAGAGUUUUCGAAGUAUCCAAAGUGGCAGACAAGAGAAGUUGAAACUUCUCUUAAGAAACAAAAGAAGACCAUUGAUGCAAGUCCAGGCACAGCCACCAAUGAUCCGGCUGAUGCAUCCUCGGUACGUACUGAUGCUACCUCGAUACACACUGAUGCUCUUGAACAUGAGAAAAGACCUGAUGGUGUGAAGAGGGACAAGAGAGGUAAAACUGAUGACAGUGCUUGCAAGCUGUCAUUAGAAACUGUGUGGGCAGCAAAGCUAGAGAAGGAUGAGAUCAAAAAGGCGGCAAAAAAUGCUCGCUACGCACAGCAAUUGGAAUUGCGAAAAGAGGAGAUUGCACUCAAAAAGAAUGAGGAUGCACGAAACGAGAGGGAGGAUGCACGGAGACAGUUUGAAUUAGAUGAGAGGGUCAUGCUCAUCGACACAAGUGGUAUGACUGAUGUUCAAAAGCAAUUCUACCAAGCUAAGCAGAAGGAGAUCCUUGCUCGCGGCCUAGGGUAA